AUGGACCGUCUCGCUGAGGUAACAGCUGAUGAGAUCUGUGAUUGGUUCAAUCAUGGUGCUGGGAUAGUGAAUGAGAAGGACGGAUGGAGGCCUCAGGAAUUCCCAUUGAUCAGCGAGAGAGUCCGCCUAGUUCGGGAAGUGGCCAGGGGCCUUCGAGAUAAAUAUCACGCCUCAGCGUUGGAACUGGUCGAGUCGGCUGAUGGGUCUGCGUUGCGGCUUAUGCGAAUAUUAUCGGCUCAGUUCUCUGGCUUCAGAGAUCAAGCUAUCGACCCUGAUACUGGCGGACAGGUGUUCCUAUAUAAACGAGCCCAGAUAUGCACAGCGGAUAUUUGGGGAGCAUUUAGGCGUGAUGGGAAGAGUGUGAGAGAGAAGCUCAACUUUCGAGACAUGAGGGCUUUGACGAUGUUCCCUGAUUAUAGGGUUCCACAGCUACUGCGUCAUAAGGGAAUUCUCAUAUAUAGUUCGCGAUUGGAGAAUAUAAUAGACUCGAGACAGACUGUACCGGCCGGGAGUCGGACGGAGCUCGAGAUUAGAGCAUGUACUGUGCACGCGUGCCAUGAGAUUGUCGAGAUUGCCCAACGGGAAGAUAUUUUCGAUGUGACAUUGGACUGGUUGUUGUGGCAGGAAGGGGAGGCUGUCAGGGAUGAGAUCAAACCCCAUCAUCUCGGUCAUGUGCAUCUCACGAGAGCGUUGGAUAAAGUGAAAGGCUCUGCUAAUGUGAAGUUAGUUCAUGAGCCGUAUAGUGUAUAUGAUCAGCCUAUGAGGACCCCACCGAAGGGCCAACUAGUGAUAGAGUACCUCUCUGAUGUAUAUGGUAUUGAUCGAAGCCACUUGGAAGAUCCCAAGUUCAAUGCUAGUCUUGCUACAGCACGGACUCUCGGUGAGUUGGUCGAUGUAGACGAUUUUACAUGGCUUGGAGGGCAAGUGCUGAUGAAGUGA